CCUGCAAGCGUAUGACCUGUCUCUGGCCUUGACGUGUAGCGCGCUGCUGCUAGUUGUCGGUGCGUGCAAGUGACAGCUGGAUAAGGUGAACGUUACCUAGUUAGUGGUUAGUGGUCUGACUGGGAACCGCUACAGCGGAGUUGAGCCACAAUGCUGACAUGUAGAAGUGUGUGGCGAAAACUCACACCUUUAGCCAGAGCUUCAUCUACUCUGUGCCGGCAGAAUGUGAGGAGAGCAGGGUUCAAUAAUGGCAGAUCAGUACGCGUACAAACUGCUCACAUGUCCACAGGACCUGCUGGAGGAGGAGGAAGGCAAACACAAAUAUACGUCCUUCUAGUUGGUGCAGCAGCCGUUGGUGGUGGAAUAUAUGCGUAUCAGACUGUCAAGGGUGACCAGCAAAGAUAUGAGGAGCGUAUGGCACAAAUGUUAUCCAGAUCACAAAAAGCAGCCGAACAGGAAACAGCUGUACCUACCCAGUCAGAGCCUCCUGAUGUACCUGAAACAGAACCUGAAGCAGCACCUUCAUCAGAGGAGCCAAUCUCUCUGGCCUCUGAUAGUGAAGCUGCAGCCCCCACUGAACCAACUGAACCACUGUCAGCAGAUGAGCCUGUGGUAGAACCAACUUCAGAAGCAGCUGCAGCAGCAGCAGCAGCAGCAGAGGCACCUGCUGCACCUUUAGUGGAGGAGGCAGCAGCAUCUGAGUCGUCCCCAGCAGAGCUAACAGAUCCAUCUCCUGCACCUGUUGAGGAGAGUGAAUCAGCAGCAGCAGUAGAAACCCCUGCAGCAGAGCCUGCAGAGCCUCAGCCCGAAGUUGUAGAAAGUGCAGUGGAGUCUACACCUGCCUCUGCCAAGAUACCCUCCCAUGCCCCCUACCUCCUCAUUGGAGGAGGCACUGCCUCUUUCGCUGCAGCCCGUUCUAUUAGAGCCAGAGACCCCAAUGCCAGGGUGCUAAUUGUGACUGAUGAGCCGGACCUUCCAUACAUGAGACCACCUCUGUCCAAGGAGCUGUGGUUCUCCGAUGACUCCAGUGUAACAGAAACACUGCGUUUCAAACAGUGGAAUGGAAAAGAAAGGAGUAUCUUCUUCCAGCCACCGUCGUUCUACAUUCAGCCAGAGGAGUUGGAUAGUGCAGAAAAUGGGGGAGUGGCUGUUCUCACUGGCAAAAAGGUGACUCAUAUGGACGUGAGAGGGAACAAAGUAAAACUGGACGACGGUACUGAGAUUUCAUACAACAAGUGUUUGAUUGCGACAGGCGGCGUGCCAAGAAAUCUGCAGGCUAUUGAAAGAGCAGACGAGGAAGUGAUUAAGAGAACAACUUUGUUCCGCAAGAUCGAUGACUUCAAAUCCUUGGACAAUGUGUCCAGAAAUGCUAAGUCUAUCACAAUCAUCGGAGGCGGCUUCAUGGGCAGUGAGCUGGCCUGCGCCCUCGGCAGGAGAUCAACAGAGUCCGGUCUGGAGGUGGUACAGAUGUUCCCUGAGAAAGGCAACAUGGGAAAAGUGCUGCCUGAGUAUCUGAGCAACUGGACAACAGAAAAAGUCAAGAGAGAGGGUGUUAAAGUCAUCAAAGAAGCGUUGGUGAAAUCUGUGACCUUCAAAGAUGAUAAAUUAGAAAUCCAGUUGAAGGAUGGCCGAUUGGUGGAAACUGAUCACAUUGUUGCAGCUGUUGGGCUGGAGCCUAAUGUUGACCUUGCUAAGUCUGCAGGUCUGGAGGUGGACUCUGACUUUGGUGGCUUCCGGGUCAACGCAGAGCUGCAAGCCAGGUCCAAUAUCUGGGUGGCAGGCGAUGCUGCAUGUUUCUACGACAUCAGACUGGGUCGCAGACGAGUAGAGCACCACGAUCAUGCUGUUGUGAGUGGAAGACUCGCAGGAGAGAACAUGACAGGAGCUAACAAACCUUACUGGCAUCAGUCAAUGUUCUGGAGUGAUCUGGGUCCCGAUGUAGGAUAUGAAGCCAUUGGGAUCGUUGACAGCAGCUUACCAACAGUAGGAGUGUUUGCCAAAGCCACUGCCAAGGACACACCAAAAGCUGCUACAGAGAAGUCAGGAACUGGGAUCCGCUCAGAGAGUGAAACAGAGGACACAGCUGUGAGUCCAGUGGCCUCUACAACGCCUGCUGCUGCCGUGGAGCAGCAAAGAGACAACUACGGCAAAGGAGUCAUCUUCUACCUGAGAGACAAAGUGGUGGUGGGCAUCAUCCUGUGGAACGUGUUCAACAGGAUGCCCAUUGCAAGGAAGAUCAUCAAGGAUGGAGAAGAACAUGCGGAUCUAAACGAAGUGGCCAAGCUCUUCAACAUUCAUGAGGAUUAAUGUGUUCCAGACCAUUAUUAUAGGAGAGCACUUAUGCAGACUGAAUCAUUGCCACACUCUUUAAGAGGCAACCAAUCUAAAUGGGACGUUGAACAUCCUGUCACUGUAAUAUUUUCAUAUUUGAAAUUUGUCUGUGCAGGCACCUGUUUGUUUCUUUGUCCUGCUACCGCCACCACACCUGUGUGAUUGUGUGUGUGUGUGUGUCUGCUUCCCCCACCAGGCUGGAAACAUGUUAAACAUGGGAGAAAUCGUUUCACUUCGUGUGAUCAAAGCAGCUAGUCGUGAGAAAAAGCUGCAAUAAAAACUAUUUUUAAACUGGA